ACGUACUGGUAGUAGUCCUGUAGGCUACGGUUGCCAUUAUUUUCUUUCCAAUUACCAGAGUCAUUGAUACCUACAUUAAAUUAGUUCAUUCAUUCUUCAGACUGCAAGCAAGAUGACGCAAGGAAACGGUAUCUUUGAGAGGUGGGGUAUCUCUGGGAGCAGCAGCCGGACCCACCACCACCAUGAGGAAGUUGAGGAGGACAAGUGGCCCACUGGGAAUAGACGAGACAUGAGGAGACCAUCUCGUGCCGUGACGGGUGGCCUUUGUUCUACCAUUUUGGCCGAAAAGGCUCUGGAGAGUCCUCUGGCCAAGAAUACGAAAAAGCUGAACAAGACAGUCAGUCUAUCCAGUCUUUCGGUGCCUCUCGACAGGGGAUUGUCUGAUUUGGAAUUAGAGUCCUUUCAUGUUCGUGAGGUCGAAGCAGAGGAGUGCUCCCUGCCGACCUUGGGUCCCAUGAUGAGUGACAAGAGCGUCAUGUCGUUCAACACGGCAGGCAAACGUACCAGUAGUGGCACAACAACUCUACCGUCCAUCAAUGAAGGGCAGCGGAAUGUACAACGAAACUCGAGUGAUCCGGUCCAAUUGUUCAAAUUGGCAGCCAUGAUUGCCGGUAGAGGAGGAGCAAACAGCAGCUUCAUCAGUCGAGAAAGAAAGAGCAGUCGAAGAAAUGUCACACGGCGGAAUUCGGAGGCUAGUAGUACAAGGGAUCCUGAAAUGGACGAUUCCUUCUCCACAUUGGCGUCCAGGAAUCGCAGGACCAAGCCUGGAAUGGACACUUCGGGACACACAGCAGCAACAGCAGCUUCCUCCAAUAGAAGUCCCAUUCGAGAAAGAUUUGGAGCCCAGGGCAAGUCAAGCUCCAACAGGGCACCACUGAGGAGGUGCCUGAGCUCACCAUUGGCGGCAAUGAGGCAACAACGAGCAGCCGCAACAAAGACCGCGGAUAUCAUCUCCACACAACAACCAACACAACCAACCAACAAUGAUUCUUGUUCUGCAAAUACUCCCGAAAGAACCCCUGGACGAAGGGGUAGAUUUGGUUCCACAGGGAGUAGGCGUGGCAUGGGCCUUAAUCGCAGCAGGUCACCCCUUCGGAGGACGUACAGUUCUCCUUUGAACAGCCGAAGCCCACCCACGAGAUGGGAAAACAGCACAGACAACAACAACAAUGCCAGAGGUCGAACCAUCAGUCAAGCAAGGAUGGUUCGGUCGAACAGUGCCACAGGUCUGGGUGACACUACCAAUAAUUCGGAAAAGAAAGCGCCUGACUUUUGCUUCGAGGCCAAGUUCGAGGCAAAGACGGAGACCCAACAACAACGGGUUGAAAAGAAUACUGGUAUAGGCGGUACUAGUUGGCAUGAGACAUCCAGCAAGAAGCGCCCAGUUCGAAAAACAAGAAGUGUCGGGGCCACAAGGGCAGACCACGAACACAACGACAAUCCAAAACGAGGAUCCCAUGGCAGUAGUUCUUCCAAGCUCUCUCCCAUUGAUGAUGACGGUGAGGCCUCUGGCGGCGAGGACAAGAAAAACAACAUCAUCAAUCUUCAUGAUAGUACUGAAAAGCAACUUAUGAAGAUGAGUUGGCACGCCUCCUUUGCUGAAGACAAUUGGGAGGAGACUGCACCCUCUUCUGGAGAAUACGAUGGAAUGAGUAAGAGUCUUCCAGAGAACCACAACAACAAUAAGGGGGGUCAGAGAAGACGUCGCAAAGGUAGUCUCUCCUCCAAAUCACCUAAGCGAGACAAUCAGCAACGUUCUUCUUUGUCGGAAAAACUAGACUACAGCAAACUGCUACAACGAAACGAGGCAUUGAAUGCCAGCAAAGAGUUCCCGCUAGUAGACACGGAAACGCUGGGGGACUUUGGUGCUGAUGCGUCAGAGUCUACUAUUGCCAAGCCGGAGCAAAUUGACAAUGACAAAGGCUGCUUCUUGAGUCCGGUAGUUGUAAAGGCGGUACGCACGAGUGCUUCGAGGAUCAGUUUGGAGGAGGACAGAACAAUUUUGAAGCUGCAGGGAAAGUCUGAUCAUGAGUCCAAUGCCACGAGUGCCACAAGUGUGGGCAGCCUCGCAUCAGAAGAUUCCCAUGCCAACAACAGCCGCGAAAGUUCCAAGCUGAGUACUGCAAGCAACAAGGAUUCUUCUACAUCAGAAGCCGUAGCCAAUCGCAGUGCACGAAGAGCUCGGAAAGAGAGGGGCAAUGAGAAGGAAGCCGACAGGGAAAGGCGCCGCGACAGAGAAAAGAAACGAGAGAAAGAAAAGUCGAGAGAAAGCGACAAUGCAGAACCAAAGGAGAGGGGAAAGGAGAGACAGCGCAAGUCCAGAUCGGGCAGCGCCUCAAGCUCCAAGGACACACAGUCGAAAAGGUCUGUUUCUAAGAGCGAAAACAGAAAGUCCUCAAGGAAGGCAAGCAUGCCAGACUCGUCAAGGGCUAGCUUAACCUUGGACGACCUCGCAAUGUCCAGUCAUGACAUGAGCACCAGUGAACGGAGCCACGAGAUGAGCUCUAGCGGGGGGAGCCAUGGCAUGAGUUCUAGCAGGAGGAGCCAUGGCAUGAGUUCUAGCGAGAGGAGCCAAGGCAUGGUCUCCAGUGAAAAGAGCUACAGGCGGUCAUCAUCUUUGUCAUCUCUUUCAAAAUCAUCCAACCACAGAAGCAGUCGUGGAUCCAGUAGCAAUUUGCAAGCACCGGAACCGAGGGAUUCCCGCAGUUCUCGUCCUAGCGACACGUCUUGUUUGCUAGAAUCUCUGUACUUGGACACUGUCUUGGAAACUCAGAACGAGGAUGGCUCUGUAGCAACCCAGCCCAAGAAAUCCAAGUCGAAGGGCCACAAGUCCAGGGGUGACGAGCACAAGCCCUCUAGAUCAUCAAAAUCCAAGCCAGUGAACAGUGAAACCAAGAAUGAUGGCGGACCCUCUGAGAGCAAAGGACGAGAUCCAACUCCGGCCAGACACAGGAGGCGGUCGAUCAGCCACGUGGCUGCGGAAGAUGAUGAUCAAGAUCCAGUGGAUCCAAAGCGGGAGAAGGCGAGGUCCAACCGCAAGAGCAGCCACAAGGAGGGACGUAAGAAGCGGUCCAAGUCGCACAAACGCUCCAGUGAUGGAAACAGAGGAACGGACUUGCAUCGGCAUUCGCAAUCUUCAGUCGACGUAGCAGAGGAACACAGCCGGACAAGUAAGAGCGAUCAUGGUUCAGAGUCCAAGUGUUCUAGUGAUGAUGGGCGUCGCAAACAAUGCAAAAGUGAACGCGAAGCAGAAGAUGAAAUUGGUGAUUCGGGUCAUGAUGUCCAGCAAGUCGCAUUCAACGCCACUGAUAAUGGCUUCUUUCAUCAUCACGAUCCAUCCAUGUACUUUGACCCGAAUCGCCGAGGUGGCCCAACACCGCAAGACCCAAGGUUCAUGUGGCACCAGCACCCGUACCCGCCAACUGGCAAACUCUCGGAUGGUCGUGUAAUGCCAUCGUCUCACCACGAACCCGGGGGCAAUCCAAGGUAUCCUGACUACAGGUGCCCUCCUUAUCCCAGCCAUCCAGUUGUGGGUCACCCGUAUGAUCCGUAUUGGCAUCCAUACUGGGCCCAGCAAACGGGAUUUCACCAACAGAUGGAUCCCAGGUUGAGAAGAGGUCCGAGCCGAGGAGGAACUGAUGGUCCGUCGUCCGUGGCUCAUCCGGGGUCUGGCAAGGAUGGUUCGCAUUCUGAAGCUGGCGGAGGUGAUCAAAGAGAAGGAUCCUUGCAAAAUCCACGUUCGUUGCGGCGUCGCCACAGCAUUGGAAGCGCCCAUUCACGCGAUGCGAUUAUGCACGAAGUGACAGUCUCGAUACAGCAGGAUCAGAAGACUUGGUUGAACAGGUGCAGUCAGUGUGGACAGAGCGUCAUUGAUUGCCGAUGUAGUAAUCUCCAUCACGAGGAUGAGGCAAUCCAGGGAAACGAUGAUCAUGGUCGACCUCGAGACCUGGAGUCUCGGUUGGGCUCCUCCUCCCACCAAGAUGUCUCCUUGUUUGACACUUUUGGUAUCCGAAAUCCCAAUGCACAGAAGCGAGGGAUGGGCAGUCAUAGCCGCAUCGACGGAGAGUUCCAUUUGUCGACUCACAUCCAUCCAGGUUUCUAUUGUCCACCACCAUUGCAACCUCUGUACCGUCGACCGGAAGGAUUCGACGUGAUCGAUUACGUUCACAUGUCCAACACACAACGAUUGGCUGGUACCAUGUCCCAGAACAACCAUCGGGGUCGUACCUUUCAGCGAUUUCAAGAACAACAAGAGCAACCGCAGGACGAAGCAGCCACCGUGGGUCCCAUGAAAAACGUGUCGCAACUGUCUUCAUCCGAGAAAAGUAGAGCUGCCAUGGAAGCCCGGCGGGUGGUGGUUGACGAUGGUUCGUUGCGCUAUCCACCGAUGCGAUCUUUCAGUUUCGGAAGCAAGUCGGGACGGAGAUCCACCUCGGGGCGUUUCUCUGUGAUGAGCGAAGGUUCCAUUGCAUCCUUUGCCGUCUAGCUAGCUAGCUUGUCGGUAAAUAGGAAGAUUGGUGGUCGUUAUAAGUGAUUCGCAGCAUAAAAUAGGUUACUAAAUGGGGAU